AUGAGAUUAUAUUACACCCAAUGUUUGCAAACACUGUUUGUUUUGUUUUUGGUAUUAAUUUUUAUAUCAGUAUUUAGUUUUGAAUGCAUUGAAUCAAUAAUAAGUUGUAUUUAAUGUUUUAUUAUUGAAACACUGUAUAUAACACAACAUUAUGUGAUAUUAUCUCAACCCAUGCGGUCAGUGGUCACAACACACACAUGUCUAUACCAAUGAUGAAUAUUGAUAGCGACAAUAUACCUGACCAGCAAUCGUCGGCUGAACAAAUGGCCAGACUAGCCGAAGACUGUGGUCGCAAUGUGGACAACAACAAUCAACAGCGUGUCUACACGAUAGCCGAUCUUGGACUGCGGUCAACACCGCACACACAGCAGACAAUCAUCGGACCGACCCGAUCGCUAUACACACUAUCCGGUUACGAGUGGAUAUAUCUGGCCUUAUCGGCACUGACUCUGGCCAUUAUGUUGGGCAUCACUAUUGAUCGACUAAUAGAGUUGCCGUCCAAUGAACCCGACUUUACAUUUGCAUUCCUCCUGUUUUGGACCACUUGUUUCUGCUGUGUUUACGUCUGUCAGGGUGUCUUCCGAGAGCGUGCCUUUGAAUUGAUAGCAUUUGUGGCCACAAUUUUGAUAGUAUGGGUGUAUGUUAUAUUCAACUACUCUGCCAGUGCCUCUCACACAACCAUCAAAAUUGUGCGUUUAGUGAUAACCAGCAUAUUUGCACCGUUGCUUAUCUCUGGUGGUCUUUACUUUAGUUCCCAAUAUUUCAAGUCCAAGAACCUAAUAUACCGUACAGUUGGCGCUAAUAUAUCUAUGCAACGGAUGUGUGAAUUGUUAUUUUUGGCACAAAGUUUAGUAAAAUUUGACGUACAGUUGGCCGGUUCGACACUUAUUUUAUGGCUACGAAAAGGCUUUCGACACUGGGAUCAAAUGGAUAAGAUAGUUAUCAGCAUUGGUACCGGUAUUACUAUAGCGUGGAUAUUAUUGGCUUCAAUGGCGAUGCGAUUUGAGAGCAGACCCACAGUUUAUAUGUUUUUUAUUAUCAGUGUUUUUGAUCCGGCAAUUAUCAUCUGGAAUUUAGUCCGGUACUCACAGGACAGCACCGAUGACUUGGCCUUAGAAAUGUCGGUAUAUCUGUCGGGUUGUAUAGCUAUCGUCAUACGUAUCGUUACUCUAAUUGUUAUGAUGUUUGUAAUGUUUAACUUUGACAAAGGACUUCGUAAUAAAGUUUAUGGCAGUGACGAAUCAAUUCCCCAAUCGGACAAUACAAACAAUCAAAGUUUUGACUAAUUUAUAUAAAUUUUUAUUAACUUUUAUAAAAAAUAAGCUCAUAUAUUAUUAUUUUUAAACAAUUAAUU